AUUCAUAUUUUUUUUAUUAGGCCCCUUCAGGCUUGGACUGCCCAUCUGCAGUACUGGGAGAUUUUCCGGCUGGUAGACUGACUACUCGGUUGUGCAAAAGGGAGCAGAGAGCAGUGUGUCCAGUGUCCUACUGUGUCUGUGCAGAGUAAAAACCCCAUGAUGGAGCCUCAUUACUUCAGCAGUGUUGAGGAAUCCUCUGACUUAAAACUGCAGACAUACAGGGCUGAACCUCUAGAGCCCAGCUGUGUGUCUAUGAAGAGCAGCAACUCAAUGUUUCUGCCUCCUGUUUUCAGUAAUGAAAGAACCAUUAGUGACCUGAGACUGCAGACAUACAGAGCUGAACCUCCAGAGCCCAGCUGUGUGUCUAUGAAGAGCAACAACUCAAUGUUUCUGCCUCCUGUUUUCAGUAAUGAAAGAACCAGUACUGACCAGAGACUGCAGACAUACAGAGCUGAACCUCCAGAGCCCAGCUGUGUGUCUAUGAAGAGCAACAAAUCAAUGUUUCUGCCACCUGUUUUCAGUAAUGAAAGGACCAGUACUGACCUGAGACUGCAGACAUUCAGAGCAGAACCUCCAGAGCCCAGCUGUGUUUCUAUGAAGAGCAACAACUCGAUGUUUUUGCCUCCUGUUUUCAGUAAUGACAGAAACAGUACUGACUUGAGGUGUGUCAAGGAUGUGUCGCUCCAGUAUCAGUCCAGGUGUGGAGUGUGUGAGCAGAUUCAGACAGAUCCAGUCUCUAUCAAUUGUGGACACAGUUUCUGUAGACAGUGCAUCAACAGCUAUUGGAGCCAGUCUGCUCAGUCAGGAGACUUUGCCUGUCCCCACUGCAGAAAGAGGACUAAGACAUGUCCUGUUCUGUAUCAACUCAUAGAGGAGUCCAUGAAACAGGAAAAAGUGGAUGAUGUCCUGCACAGAGUCUUAGAGAGACACAAAACCAGCAUGAAGGACAGAUACGAGAGCUUAUUUGAGGGAUUCAAAACACAAGAGAAUAAAACCCUCCUGAACAGGAUUUACACUCAGCUCUACAUCAUAGAGGGAGAGAGUGAAGGAGUGAAUGAAGAACAUGAAGUUUUACAGAUUGAAAAAACACUCUUGGACCAACACUGGCAAGAUACACCAAUUAACUGCUUAGAUAUAUUUAAACCUGUACAGUGCACUGUAGAAGAAAUGGAAGAAGACAGUAUCAGAACUGUGAUGGCUGAAGAUGUCAGAUAUGAAGUAAGAGAAGAAGUUAAAGGUCCACAAGUGCAGAAACUCAGAACUGUGCUGACUAAAGGCAUUGCUGGCAUUGGAAAAACAGUCUCUGUGCAGAAGUUCAUUCUGGACUGGGCUGAAGGAAAAGCCAAUCAGGAUGUAGAUUUGAUGUUUGUGCUUCCAUUCCGAGAGCUGAACCUGAUUAAAGAUCACCAGUACAGUCUUCAUAGACUUCUGUGUGACUUCCAUCCUGAGCUCAGAGAUCUGGACACAAAGAUAUAUGAUGAGUGUAAAAUGGUGUUUAUAUUUGAUGGCCUGGAUGAAAACAGAAUUCCACUGAACUUCUUACAGCGUGAGAACCUCUCAGACAUAACCAAGCUAUCAUCACUGGAUGUGCUGAUGACCAACCUCAUCAAAGGACAGCUGCUUCCCUCUGCUUACAUCUGGAUAACCACUCGACCAGCAGCAGCCAAUCACAUCCCCUCUAAGUACAUCAACCGUGUGACAGAAAUUCAGGGAUUCAAUGACCCACAGAAGGAGGAGUACUUCAGAAAGAGAGUCAGUGACCAAGACCAAGCCAACUUCAUCAUCUCACACAUUAAGAAAACAAGGAGCCUCCACAUCAUGUGCCACAUUCCAGUCUUCUGUUGGAUCUCAGCCACUGUGCUUCAGCACAUAAUGAAACAGGGUAUUACAGAAAUCCCUAAAACUCUGACUGCAAUGUAUUCAUACUUCCUGAACACUCAGACAAUCAUGAGGAAUGAGAAGUAUGAGGAAAAUUCUGAGAUAAAUCCAAAGGAUCUCUUGGGAUCCAACAGAAAGUUGCUUCUGAAACUGGCUGAACUGGCUUUCAAACAGCUGAUGAAGGGCAAUGUGGUGUUCUAUGAAGAAGAUCUGAGAGAGUGCGGCAUUGAUGUGUCUGAGGCCUCAGUGUACUCUGGCAUUUGCACUGAGAUCUUUAGAGAAGAAUUUUUGCUCUACCAGAGGAAGGUCUACUGCUUUGUUCAUCUGAGCUUUCAGGAGUUCCUGGCUGCUCUCUAUGUGUUUCACUGCUAUGUGCACCAGAACAUGGAGGAACUGAAAGUUUUUAAGAUCAAAAAGAACAAAAAGCAGUCUGACAGUGUUUCAUUGGAAGAUCUGCUAAGGGGAGCUGUACAAAAAGCUGUAAAGAGUGAGAAUGGAAACCUGGAUCUGUUUCUCCGUUUUCUGCUGGGAAUUUCACUGGAGUCCAAUCAACAGCUCUUAAAAGACCUUCUGACUCAAACAGUGAGCAGCUCAGAGAGCAUCGACAAAACAGUUCAGUACAUCAAACGCCUAAUACCAACAGAGAACCUUUCUUCAGAGAAAUCCAUCAACCUGUUCCUCUGUCUCACUGAAAUGAAUGACCAGUCUUUAUACAGACAAAUUGAAGAAUAUCUAAAAUCCAAUAAAGGCUCGAACAAGACACUCUCUCCUGGAGAGUGUUCAGCACUAGCCUAUAUGCUUGUGACUUCAGAGGAGGUGUUUGAUGAGCUGAACCUGAAAAAUUACAACACAUCCGGGAGUGGUCAUUUAAGAUUGAUCCCAGCUGUGAGCAACUGCAGAAAGGCUAUACUAGCUGACUGUAAACUCACCACACAGUCCUGUGAAACUCUCUGCUCUGCUCUGAAAUCAACAAAGUCACUCCUGAAAGAACUGGACCUCAGCAACACCGGCCUGCAGGACUCAGAGGGGAAGCUGCUCACUGCUGGAUUGAGGAGUUCAAACUGUGUACUGGAGAUUCUCAGAUUAUCUUCGUGUAAUAUUGGGAGAAAGUCUUGUGAAAAUCUGGGAUCAGCUUUACAACUGGUAAACUCCUCCCUGAAAGAGCUGGACCUCAGCUACAAUGACCUUCAGGACCCAGGAGCAGAGCUGCUCUCUGCUGGACUGAAGAGUCCACGCUGUAAACUGGAGAUACUCAGAUUAUCUUCGUGUAAUAUUGGGAGAAAGUCCUGUGAAAAUCUGGGAUCAGCUUUACAACUGGUAAACUCCUCCCUGAAAGAGCUGGACCUCAACAACAAUGACCUUCAGGAUUCAGGAGCAGAGCUGCUCUCUGCUGGACUAAAGAGUCCACACUGUAAACUGGAGAUACUCAGACUAGAUUCAUGUAAUCUUGAGGAAAAAUCUUGUCAAAUUCUGGGAUCAGUACUGCAACUGGUAAACUCCUCCCUGAAAGAGAUGGACCUCAGUAACAAUGACCUUCAGGAUUCAGGAACAGAGCUGCUCUCUGCUGGACUGAAGAGUCCACACUGUAAACUGGAGAUACUUAGGUUAUCUGGUUGUAUGAUUACAGAGAAAGGUUGUUUUUCUCUGGCUUCAGCUCUGAGUUCAAACCCCUCACAGCUGAAAGAACUGGAUCUGACCUACAACCACCCAGGAGAUACAGGAGUGAAGCUGCUCUCUGCUAGACUGGAGGAUCCACACUGCAGACUGGACACACUCAGACUGGAACAUGGAGGUGAGAACAGAAUCAAACCAGGACCGAAGAAAUAUUCCUGUGAGGUCACUCUGGAUCCAAACACAGUGAACAGUUCUCUCUCUCUGUCUGACGGGAACAGAAAGGUGGAGAAUGUGGGAUCUUCACAGUCGUAUCCUGAUCAUCCAGAGAGAUUUGAUUGGUAUCUGCAGGUUCUGUGUAGAGAGAGUCUGACUGGACGCUGUUACUGGGAGGCUGAGUGGAGCGGAGAUGUUGAAAUAGCAGUAACAUAUAAAUCAAUCAGCAGGAAAGGAGUCAGUGAUGACUGUUGGUUUGGAUGGAAUGUAAAGUCCUGGAUUCUGAGCUGCUCUGAUAACAGUUACUCUGUCUGUCACAAUAAUACAGCACUGAUCUCUCUGCUCGUCCCUCCAGCUCUGGGACAGUAGGAGUGUAUCUGGACUGUCCGGCCGGCUCUCUGUCCUUCUACAGCGUCUCCACUGA